AUGCCGCCAAAAAAAAAGAAAAGGUCGUGUCCGUUUUCGUCAUCGAAACCAAGAGCAAAAAAGAAAUCGAAACGCGAGUUUGAUAAAGAAUGGGCCGCAAAAUUGGCAGAGAGCGACAAAGGCUCAUUUUAUCAGCAAGAGAAGUGGCUCGAGGAGUUGGAUGUUGGGAAAAGCGAAAAUGCUGCAGUUGCUGAGAGUGCAAGCCGCUCCAAAAUCCAGCUUGAAGAGCCAGAUGAAGAAAGCCAACUAAACUCAUCGACCCCAUCUGCUGAAGGAACGUGGCAAACAAUAAGCGGUCGAGCUAUCGUAUCGAGCGAAAAGCUGCUUGAGAAACUGGACGAGUCUGUAUCUUGUCGAUUUUGCCAGGGAAGAGUCCAAGUCAUGGAAAAUGUAGCGACUAAGCAUGGACUUGGUUCUACCUGGAGAAUCCAGUGCGAGAAUGAAAGCUGUCCGUCGCACAAGACAAAUUCUGUUUUCCAUUCUUCCGAGAAGAGCAGAGCGUUUGAAAUAAACCGGGCCUCAGUUCUUGGCCUUCGAGCAAUCGGUGGUGGACAUUCGGCGGCUUCAAAGUUUUUUAGUUUCCUUGGCCUGGCGCCGAUCAACAAAAAUGCCUGGGCGGAUCAUACGAAAAAGAUCGAAGGAGAGGCAAAACUUUUGCUCGAGAAAGAAUUAAACCGUGCUUCUCGUGGUGUAAAAGAGUGGAAGUUUUCCAACGGAGAAUUAAACUGUUCACUUGAAGAUGUUGAAGAAAGUGUUGUGGACAUCGAGGUGACGAUCGAUGCCUCGUGGAGUGCGCGAGGAUGGUCAGCUUCGGAUGCUGUGGUAGCCGCAAUUUCUGUUGACACAGGAAAAGUUGUGGACGUGGUUCACCUAUGUUCUUCUUGCACUGAGUGUAAAAAGAUGGAGAAGAAGAGGAAAGAAGAGAACAUAACCCGGAUGGACUAUCUCGCUUGGUUCAUUAGUCAUGAGCCAAAUUGCUAUGUAAACCACGAGGGUAGUGCUGCAGUAAGUUGUAAAUCCACAUUUUUUAAACUAAAUUUCUAUGUAGAUACUCACAAAAAGGGAAUUUAAGUAGUUCCCUAAGUUGUGUAAAAACAUGUGAUAGCAGAUUAUUUUUUACUAUUUUUUUUCAAGAAAAACAAAAGCAAAUUAUUUAGAACAUGGGCAAUACUACCUGCAAACAGAUCUUGAAAUGAUAAAAUUAGAAGAUUAUUUUGCUUUGUCUUUCCUCGUAAGAUGCAAAGCCUAAAAUUGUUGUUUUUUUGUAUUGUUUUCGUUUAAAAAUAUUUUUUGUGUGUUUAUAAAAAUUCAUGUGAUAAUAUCAGUUGAUGUUUCACUUAGUAAUAUUACUGCAUAUAACACUGUGCAGUUCAUUUGUUUUUAUAAUUGCUUGGCCGGUUCAAAACACUGCGCCCUGGUCUAACAGAGUUAUUACCCAUUUCUUUUGUUUUCGAAGUUGAUGGAAGCAGAAGGUGCCAAAAUCCUGUACCAGCGGUCAGUGCAACUGAGGAAGUUACGCUACAUCCCCUACAUUGGGGAUGGAGAUAGCAAAGCCUACUCUGCUGUUUGCCAGGAACAACCAUAUGGUGCAGCUGUAUUUAUUCCCAAAGAAGAAUGUGUUGCCCAUGUAACGAAACGCAUGGGAACUGGACUCAGGAAACUCGUAACUGACUAUAAGGGUAAGUAUGGUUUACAUAUUUACUGCAUGGUAAACCAUGAGAAAACGUUGCAUGACUAUUUUAUACCAUGCCAUAGAAAAUACAGUGCACAAUGGGAAGGGUGGGUGUAAUACCGUGGAAUAUACGAUGGCUUUCCUGUGUUCUGAUUGGCUGUAUUUUCUAUGGUAUGGUAUAUAGAGUAGUAGAGGGGUAACGAUUUAUCAGUUCUCAUGAUUCUUUUGCUCUAUUGGCUAUGCAGGAUUUUUUUUUGGUUGGGGGGAGUUGAAGUCUUCUCCAAGCACUUCUUUCAACGCAGAAUUUUUUUCUGUUGGUUGCUGUGCAAGAUUUUUUUUAAAUAUUCCCUUGUAUAAUAUAUUUUUUUAUUUGGCCCACCCCACCCCUCCCAAUAAUUUUCCUAAUGUUCCAUCCCUAACAACAUGAAUUUUUGUAUGUAAUCUUACUCUUUUUAGGCAGGAAGUUGUCUGAUGGUAAGGCAUUAACCGGUGCUGGAAGAUUGACCUUGGCAAGAAUUGACACCAUACAGAACUUUUACGGGAGAGCAAUCAGGGACAAUAGAGGUGAUGCAAAGGAAAUGGCCAGGAGUACACGUGCAAUACUAAAGCACUACAGCAGUACUGUUGAAGAACCAAGGCACAAUGACUGCCCUGCCGGUGCCUCCUCCUGGUGUAGCUUCCAGAGGGACAUCGCCAAUGGCACCAACCUUCACAAGCCUAUCAAAAAUCCGCUCUCUGAUGCUGUUGUGGAGGUAAUGCAACCUCUUUUUGACCGUCUGGGAGAUGAAACCUUUCUAAUUGGUUGCGAGGGCUGCUACACACAAAAUAGAAAUGAAUGCUUACAUCAUGUGAUAUGGGGAAUGGCUUCUAAAGAAUUGUUCAGCUCUCCCAAAGAAGUCAGCUUGGCGAUAAGUCUUGGAGUGCUACAAUUCAACCAGGGUUUCAAUUCCACCUACAAAGAGCUUCUCCCACCCCUUGGCAUCCAGAUUCAACCGCAAAUGGUUGAAACGUGGAGAAAGAUUGACUCUGAUAGGAUCUACCAAUCUGAUUAUCGGAAUACUCCUGAAGUUCAGAAGCGGCGAAAGAUGAAGAGGAAGGAAAAGCUUAAAAAGCAGGAUGUCUUCAUCCAUGAGGAAGGUAUCAUGUACCAAUCACAGGCAUUUCAUGGUGGAAAGAAUGGAAAUAAGACAAAGAAGAAAGCAAGCAAGACCAACAAGAAAGCCCCAAAGAGCACAAAUAAAGGCAAGGCUGUCAGUGGAGCAGAAAAGAAAAAGAAAAAGAAAAGAAAUGAAAAGUAA